GGACCCACACACACACACAAACACACUCUCACCUUCCCUUAAUCACAAACCCUUUCUUAAUUCUUUUCUUUUACUAAUUUAUUUAUUCAUUUUUUCAAUUAUUAUUCUUCUUCUUCAAAGGGUUUUCUUUCUUCUUCUAAGCUUUUUCACUCUCUCUAAUGGCGGACGAAUUCUGUAGAGCCGUCGACGACGGAAUGAAGCUCUCUAAACGCAUAUACUUCGGGAAAGACAGAGCCGUUGCGCCGCCGAAGCUACCAACCUUAAUGGAAAGGUCAACAAACGCACUUCUUCCUAAAGCACCAAUGGUUUAUGCAGUUAUCUCCGAUCCAGCGAUCGUAGAUAAUCCAGAUAUCGCUAGCUACCAACCACACGUCUAUGGACGCUGUGAUCCUCCGGCACUUAUUCCGCUUCAGAUGAACGCAAUUGAAAUGGAAAUUGAUUGUUAUCUUGAUACUGCUAUUAUCACCGUCUCCGGUACUUGGAGACUCCAUUGCAUUACCGGUAGCAGCUCCUGUGAUUGCCGUCUCGCCAUUCCAAUCGGCCACGAGGGUUCAAUUCUAGGUGUUGAGGUUAAUGCUAUGAGAAAAUCUUAUUCUACUCAACUGGUAGUUAUGGAUGAAAAUCAAAGUGCUACACAAGCUCAAAAUGGAGGAUUUCUUAAAUCAAAUAUAUUUAUGUUAACUAUACCAGAGAUUGAUGGGGGUUCAAAUUUAUCGAUUAAAAUUAAUUGGUCUCAGAAAGUAGUAUGCUCCAAUGGCGAGUACUCUUUGAAUGUGCCGUUUACCUUUCCUGAAUUUAUAAACCCUGCUGGGAAGAGAAUGGCUAAAAGAGAAAAGAUACGACUGAAUGUUGAUGUUGUUGCUGGAAGUGAGCUUCUGUUCAAAACAACAAGCCAUCCUCUACAGGAAGUGAGGCGUCAAGCUGGGAGUAUAGGUUUCUUAUGUGAUAACGAUGUUCUCUCAUGGUCAAAAGAUGAUUUUAGCUUUUCUUAUGCAGUGUCGUCAAGUCGUAUAAAUGGUGGCGUUCUCUUGGAAUCUGCAUCUGUGCAUGAUUUCGAUCAAAGAGAGAUGUUCUACAUAUAUCUUUCUCCUGGAGAUAUUCAGCAUAAGAAGAUAUUCAAAAAGGAGAUAAUAUUCAUCAUAGACAUCAGUGGAAGCAUGCAGGGAAAGCUAAUGGAUGACACAAAGAAUGCAUUACUGUCUGCUCUCGCUAAGCUUAAUCCCGAUGAUUUGUUUACAAUUAUAGCCUUUAAUGGAGAGAGUCAUCUAUUUUCAAAAUCAAUGGAAUUGGCUUCCAAUGAUGCUGUAGAAAGGGCCAAUGAGUGGAUCAACACGAACUUUGUUGCUGGAGGCGGUACAAAUAUUUCACAUCCGUUAAAUACGGCAAUAGAAAUGCUAUCAGGUGCUCGAAGUUCAGUUCCGAUAAUUUUCCUAGUUACAGAUGGAACUGUUGAAGACGAGAGACAAAUUUGUGAUAUGGUAAAAAAUCAUAUGAUCAAUGGAGAGUCAAUAUGCCCUCGAAUAUACACUUUUGGUAUAGGUUCAUUCUGCAAUCAUUAUUUCUUGCGGAUGCUUGCUAUGAUUGGUAGGGGCCAAUAUGAUGCUGCACUGGAUGUGGAUUUGAUUGAGCCUCGAAUGCUGUCAUUGUUUGAAAAAGCUUCAUCGCUCAUUCUUGCAAAUAUCAAAAUGGACAUGUUGGAUGAAAUCGAUCUUGUUGAGGUAUUCCCUUCCCAUAUCCCGGAUCUUUCGUCAGAGGGUCCAUUGGUUUUAUCCGGCAGAUACAAGGGAAAUUUUCCUGAAACUCUCAAAGUCAAAGGCAUCAUGGCUGAUUUCAGUAAUUUUGAGAUAGAUUUGAAGAUACAAAAGGAUAAGGGCAUACCUGUACAAAGGGUUUCGGCAAGAGAUCAAAUACAACUUCUUACUGCUCAGGCAUGGCUUUCAGAAAAUAAACAAUUAGAACAAAAGGUCGCAAAACUGAGCUUGCAGACUGGCUUUACAUCUGAGUAUACCUGUAUGAUUAUGCUUGAGACUGAUCAUCUAAAGAAAAUCAAGGAAUCAUCUGGAUCCAAAGAAGUGUUAAAAAAGAAACUUUCUAAGCACGAUGCAAAUGUCCAAGGACAGAGGACGAUUCUACUCCCACACGUAGGUAUUGGCUUUGGCGACUUGAAAGCAACAGCUGAAAAUACUCCUCCAGGAUAUGAAACGAAGCCUGAAAUGGCUGAAAUCUUUAAAGCAGCCUCAAAUUGCGUUGACACCGUGUGUGGUUACUGUUGCUGUAUGUGCUGCGUCCAAUGCUUUUCCAGGAUGAACAACCAAUGCUUAACUGUACUGAACCAGCUAUGCAUUGGUUUGGGAUGCCUCGCCUGCCUUGAAUGUUGUUCACAUAUAUGCUGUUGUGGAGACGACAACUGAAAUCGACUCAGUUUCAAGAUUAUUGUAUUUUACCGCAUAUAAAUUGCUAUGAAUAUAGUUGUUCUUUUGGAAAUAUGUAUAUGAGUAAGUCUUCUGUUACUAUUUGCCGGUUGCUUUUCUUGUGUAUAGAUUUUUAAGGAUAGUCGUGCAAGUUUAUACUUGCAACAGAAAGUAAACUUUGCCUAGAAAGAAGAAUUUAUACAAGGUACAUUGCCAACAAUUUUCUGUUGAA